ACUACUGCUGUCCGUUGGACCAUCGCACCCGGGUACCCGGUACCCGCACAGGCUCCCAGCUCCACCGACGUCGGCAAAUUCCGCCAGUUCGACGUUGAGUAGAUCUACGAGCCAUUUCAAUGUUUCAGUUCGAGGAACUAACAGUUACUUGAAGGUUUGUUUAUUCGAAGAUAGUGCAAGUGGACGAAGUAUUGGUGAACUCGGCGCGCUAAUUCAUUGCGUGUUUCUGGACCAACCCCAUUGCGUGCUCUUUUCUACCUUACGUAGUGGGUGAGCAUCACCAUCAGGAAUAGUAAUAUCCGAGUUUCAACGGUCUGGAAUAGUGAGUGCCAACUCCCAAGUGUUCAGCACAUCUCUGGCUGUCCGCAUCGUUCUUAGCCGGAACCUACUUCGGUCGACCCAUAGAAUCUUCACUGAUGUUGCGCAGCCGGUUGACGCUACCCGCAAUUCAAUGCGGUGUUCUUUGCUGCUACCUGAUGCAGACAUGGAUAUCUGGUCAGAGCUAUGCCAGUCCACUGUGGGCGGCAGACGACAAUGGUGCAUUUGAUAGUAAUUCCACGAAUGACACAACCUCCUCUACUGCCACAUCAACUUCCUCAGUCACGUCGAGCAGCAUAACAAUGCCUAGUUCCUCUACUGCCACAUCAACUUCCUCAGUCACGUCGAGCAGCAUAACAAUGCCUAGUUCCUCUACUGCCACAUCAACUUCCUCAGUCACGUCGAGCGGCAUAACAAUGACUAGUCCCUCUACUGCCCCUGCAAAGGUGACCACCCGGCCGAACACUAUUGCUCCUGGUCCUUCUGUUUCUCCGCCAUCUCAGCUGUAUUUGUGGACGACGCCAUGUGUAUCACUGGCUGUGUUCAAUAUCACUUUUCAGUAUGCAAAACCAGGGCUGAUGUUCGACAUCGUUACUGACAUCCCUACGCUGAACACAAAGUACAAGGUUGAGGGUCCCAGAGUCCAAGGCAGCUGCUCAACGUCCAACGUACACGCUCACAUUGAGAUGUACUGGGAGAGUAGCCGCGCCAACACAACGGAACACUUCAACUUUACGAUCAAAUUUGUGCAGAAAGACGGAGAGUGGGAAGCGGUGGAGUUCACUCACAGGGACACCGGGGAAAAAACCUUCAGGUACAACGAUCAGGCUUACUUCCUGUCCCCACUGGACACUGCGUUUAAAUGCGAUCAUCGUGUCACUCACAGCAUUGACAGCAGCGGCGUUGUGGAGUUCUAUGACAUCAAAGUGCAGGCAUUCACAUUCGGACAGGGAUUUUCUAAAUCCGUCAACGAAUGUCCAGAAAUAACAUCAAGAAAGAACAACGUGGGACUCAUCGUAGGCGCAAGCAUUGGAAGCAUCAUUGUUGUUGGCAUCAUAGCUAUUCUGAUCGGCAAGUCUGCACACAGAGAAUACGAGCUACUCAAGUGAUGGCUGUGUGCUAUGCACACACUGCACCGUGGGUCACGGCUUGCACCACCUGCUACACUCAGAGUCUUUUUCAUGUUGACUAUUGAGCAUCUCAUAUUAUGCUUAGGAGUUUGUAACUUGAGUCAUCAAGUUCAUCCAUUUCGAGUCGAUCUCUAUGGUGGGAAUCUAAUAGUGAUAUGAAUGGAUACAAAAGGUCACUGUGACAUGUUUCCGGGUUUCUGAUGAAUUUCAGAUCGUGCCUUUUCAAUAUCGGUAACUGUUUAGAGUAAUAUCAGGCUAAGCUAUCCUCUUGAACCUCAUAUCCUGUAUACGCUCACAUAAUUGUCUUAUGCUACUUUGAAGUACAUGACUAUGAUUAUAAGCAUACAUGUACUUGCAGAGUACAAAAUAGGAGCCGUCGCUAUGAACCACAUUUACACGAGUAUAGUAGGACUUGAGGACGGGUUACUAUAAUUAGCGAACAAUGCGUAUCUACAGCAUAUUUUGUGGAAGGCUCUUCUCAGCAGCGCAGAGGUGAAGCUGGCCUAGACCCCGGUUACGGUGCCUGUACUGUGUAGUAACAUAAUUAUUUAUAGGUUUCCUGCUUUUAAUACAAUCAUGUAGCUAGCAUGUAGGUUGCGCUGUAUAAUUAUAAGUUUUUUUUAUGCAGGAGGACUUACAAUCAUGUAUCCAUAGUUGCAGGUUGAGUUUUGUUUCCAGUUUG